UCAUAAACAAAAUAUUAAAAUUGAUUGUUAUGGCAAUGAAAUUGAUUCCAGGGGUUGCUCUUGGAGGAGAUCAAUUGAGCAUUCUUGAUGGAAGAAAAGAUGAUGAACAUUAUAAGUACUCAUCGAAUAAUAGUAAUAAUAAUAAUGGUUAUAAAAAGAAAGAAGUAAUAGAGUCGCGUAAAGCAGUAGUAGCUGCGGACGAUGGGCGUUGCUCAGAAAUCGGGAUAUCGGUACUGGAAAGAGGCGGACAUGCGGUGGAUGCAGCUGUUGCAACUGCACUGUGCCUCGGGGUUGUUUCUCCGAUGUCUAGCGGAAUCGGAGGCGGAGGUUUUAUGGUCGUCCGAUCUUCAUCGACUACGUCCGGUGCACUUGCAAUUGAUAUGAGAGAAACUGCUCCAUCAGCUGCUUCACAGAACAUGUACGACAACAAUGCAAUUGCCAAGUACGAGGGCCCAUUAUCAAUGGCCAUCCCCGGUGAAUUAGCCGGACUUCACACCGCAUGGCAAAAAUACGGGCGUUUACCUUGGUCGACGUUAUUUGAACCCGCAAUCAAACUAGCCAAACAAGGCUUUGCAGUGAGCCCUUAUCUCGGGUCCCGCAUUGCCGCACAAGCAAAAAAGAUAAUGAACGACCCCGGCUUAAGACAAGUCUACGCACCGAACGGUCAACUGCUAAAAGCCGGUCAAACGUGCUUUAAUUUGGAACUCGGAAAAAGCUUAGAAACAAUAGCAGAACAAGGGCCUCAAGCUUUCUAUAAUGGAACAGUUGGAGAAAGACUUAUCGAAGAUGUGAGGAAAGCUGGUGGAAUUUUGACUAUGGCCGAUUUGAGAAACUAUAAAGUCCAUGUUACGGACGCAGUUGAAGUAAAUACUAUGGGUUAUACGAUUUUGGGAAUGCCGCCUCCUUCUACCGGGACAAUCGGUCUCUCUCUGAUUUUGAAUGUGUUAGAUAGCUAUAGAAGUUCAAAUGCUGCUGAAGGUCCAUUAGGCCUGCAUCGUCUGAUCGAAGCUAUAAAGCAUAUGUUAGCUAUACGAAUGAAUCUUGGAGACCCCGAUUUCGUAAAUAUUAGCAAAACCGUUUCGGAAAUGCUUUCGCCUUCCUUAGCUAAGAGUGUCCGAGACAAGAUAUUCGACAACACCACAUUCCCUCCCGAAUACUAUUUGCCUAGAUGGAGUCAACUAAGAGAACACGGGACGAGCCAUUUUUGCGUGGUAGAUUCGGAUCGAAACGCCGUUUCAAUGACGACGACUGUGAAUUAUCCGUUUGGAGGUGGAGUGCUCUCACCUUCAACUGGAAUAAUUCUCAAUAACGAAAUGGACGAUUUUUCAACCCCGGGCGACAAAUCGACCGAUAAGUUACCACCUGCACCUACUAAUUUUAUUAGACCAAAUAAGAGGCCUUUAUCUUCAAUGACCCCACUCAUUGUCCUCAAGGAUAAUCAAUUAGCUGGGGUUAUUGGUGGGAGUGGCGGUUUGGAAAUUAUUCCGGCGGUGGCACAGGUUUUCGUCAACCAUUUCGUGUUGGGGAUGGACCCUUUAGCAGGUGUUCAGAGUGCAAGAGUCUACCACAGGUUGAUCCCGAAUGUUGUGUCGUACGAGAACUGGACGGUGGUGGACGGAGAACACAUAGAACUUUCUGAAGAGAGAAAGGGAUUCUUGAGAGAGAGAGGGCAUCAACUGGAUGCUAAAGCAGGGGGUGCAAUAUGCCAGCUUGUCGUUCAAAAUCUUACGACGAAUACAGUUGAUGGUUUCGGGCGAAAAACGAAGCUAGACAAUGUCGUACGUGGAGUACUGACAGCUGUCAGCGAUCCUAGGAAAGGCGGCUGGCCAGCUGCUAUGUGAUGCUGCUCUACUAAUAGUUGGCUUCUUUCAGUUUUAGGCAUUAUUAUGUGUAUGGCUAAAUACACUUUGCACCUCUGAAGUAUAGCAUAGAUAACACUUACCCCCCUCAA